GGUAUAUUUAUUUAGUUUACUUUUCUUAUUCUGAACCCUUAACUUCUGCCAUCCUUUCCACCAACAAUACUCCCUAUCUCUCUUCUUCGUCUUCUUCCCCUUUAAUUUUACACCAACUAAACAUAUCGAGAAAAGUAUUUUAUCUUCUUUUCUUUUCUAUCAAUUGUAUUGUACUAAUAUAUCUCUUUAAAAGAAAACCCUAGCUAGAUCAAAGAUUCCAGUUCUUUUGUUGUGAGGCCUCUUCUCUUGUUUUGUUUUUCUUCAUUUUUUUUUUUGGUAUCUUGGGGGCAUUGAAUCCUGUGACUGCCAUGGCAGAACUUUUGGGGAUCUGCGUAGAUGGGCUACUUCUUGUAUCACCUUUCAGGUAGCUGUCUCCAGCCUGCAUCAGAUGUUAUUAACUCACUACACACCAAACACAACCACAGCAACAAAAACGGCAACCAUUUUGAAGAGCCAAACAAAAACCAGCACGAAAGUUUCCUCCCCAAGCUGAUAAACCCCCCCACCCACUAGUCAAGAGCAGUGUCAUUUUGAGAGGUCAACAAAAUGGGACUUAAAGGUUAUAGCGCCGGAGAUGGAGUAGGAGAGAUAAUAGAGGUUCCAGGUGGUCAUAUAAUUCGAGCCACUGGACGAAAAGACCGUCACAGCAAAGUUUUCACAUCGAAGGGUCCACGUGACAGGCGCGUGAGACUCGCAGCUCACACGGCGAUUCAGUUCUACGAUGUGCAAGACCGGUUACAGUAUGACCGGCCAAGCAAAGCCGUGGACUGGCUCAUCAAGAAAGCUAAAGCUGCCAUCGAUAAGCUCGAAACCACUCAAGAACCACCGGAGAAUGAUACUACUAAACCGGGAUCUUCUUCUUCCGAGCCCAACUUGGCUGAUACUCAAACGCAGUUUGUGGCGGCCAAUCUUGAUCCAGAAGACGCAAUGAAAACAUUCUUUCCGGCGACAACGAGCGGCGGUGGUACGAACAUGAAUUUCCAAAACUACCCUCAUCAUCACGAUGCCGACAAUAUAGUUUCAAGAACAACCACAACCACCCCGAACCUAAGCCAAGAUCUUGGUCUCUCUCUUCACCCGUUUCAAGGAAACAACAUCAACAGCACAGUAGUCCCCGAGACCAACAACUUCGCCACGGCUCAUUUCGAGACAUUUGGGAGAAUCUCGGGUUGGAACCAUCACGACUUAACGAUGACGUCAUCAUCGUCACCAUCCGAACAACAGCAAGAGCAAGAAAGAGGUAACGGUGGUUUCAUGGUGAAUCUUCACCAUCAUCAACCAUCGAUGAUGACAUUGCUCAACAGUCAGCAACAACAAGUGUUUCUUGGUGGCCACCAACAACAACAACAACGGGGUACCCUUCAGUCCAGUUUAUUCCCUCACUCGUUUCGUUCUUGGGAUCAUCAUCAUCAAACAACGUCGGACAAUCAUCAUCAUCAUCAUCACAAUCAAGCUUCUCCUGUGAUGUUUGCUUCUUCAUCACAGUAUGGUUCUCAUGGGAUGAUGAUGAUGCAAGGCCUCAGCUUCCCCAUCCAUGGAGAAGAACCUACUCAACCAAACUCCUCUUCUUCUCCUCCUCCAAACUCACAUCUCUAAACACAGAAGAAAAGGUUAAGAACAAUGGAGGUUUCUCAUCUAUCAUGACACGGAGGCAAAAUGGUGAAUUAACGAGAUGGAAGAAGAGCGCGCGAUAUAUUAAAUACUUUACCAUCUAUGUUUAUAGAUAUGUGGUUUCAGUUAUUAUGAUUCAAGACUACUACUACUACUACUCUCUUUUUAGUAUUUUUACUACUCAGUUUUGCUUAUUUACUUUAUGGUUCUGCAUUGAUCAUCAAGACUAUGAUACUGAAUGAGAUGGGUUCUAUUUGUGUGUUUUCCUUUAAUAUGUCCUUGUGUUGCUAUUUGUAAUCUCAUUUUUGUUCUAUAAGUAAGUUAUAAUUUUCUGGUU